AUGCCGAGGCAAGUGUUCAUACUCGAGUCGAUCCCUGAAGAGGAGGAAGUCGAGCUAGGAGGGUUUCCUUGCAUCAACCCAACUGAGAUUGAUCUUUUGAUGACUACAUCCUUAGAAAGCCCUUAUUAUCCCGGAUAUUAUACCACUGCUACGCCGAAUACCAUCCAAGUAGCCUCUCAAGCAAGCAUUCUAGCGCCUCAGCCCCAGUACGGCAACCCAGUCGAAGAUGUUCACAUUGCAUAUCCGCAUCACUAUUCCUCUCAAUACGAAUACACGCCUCCGUAUUUACAGAAGGUGUAUUUACAAGUAACCCCCCCGUCCCCUUCGUCCGCUUCGUCCACUUCGUCCACUUCGUCCACUUCGUCCACUUCGUCCACUUCGUCCACUUCAUCCUUCCAUACCGCUCCCUCUCCCACCGUCCUCGACGACCACAACCCCCAUCGGACCACAAACCUCUUGGACUUUGUCAAAAAAAGAACCAAAACACGCCUCGAGAAAACAGACCUCUCCGACAACUUCUUCACCAAAUGGGCCAUUGUCACAGAAAACAUGUAUGGCGGCGUCAUCCCCCCUGAAUCUAAAUACUCCGUCCCGCCCUUUGCCCUUCCCAGCUACGACGGCCAAACCCGCCUCCACUUCAUCGGCCACUCCCUUGGUCUUUCUCUCGCCGUUCCCAUCGGUGACAUUGAAAAGUUCCUCAGCCGCAAUCUCUUCAUCAUCAUGUGCCUCGCGUUCAACAUUGUCCCCAACCCAGAUCUCAUCUUUGACGAUGACGACGACAAUUCCCGCUGCGGCAUCUUCGUCAAUAGACGCGGCAAAUGGACGGAUCCCAAUGUUAUAAAGGCGGUGCAAUUGUCCAUAUCGGAUGAAGUCGGGGCCUUGGCUACUCUGGUCAAGAAACGGGCAUCGCAUAAUCUGCCGGAUGUUUGUCAGACGAUGAAAGAGAUGGUGUGUGAGGAGCCGGCGCUCGAAGAUUUGGGUUCUCGUAAGCUGUACGAGAUGGCGGUUCAACAGAUGCGGGAGAACCGUCCAUAUAGCCUGCUUAGGAAUGUAGUCAGGCCCGAAGAUGUUAUAGUGUGA